UAAUUUAAAAUUUAGAUUGUGGCAGUCUAGUUUCUAAGUAAAUAUAUGUAAAAGCAGACACUGACAACACAUUAAAACUGUAAUGUUUACAUUUACAUUUUCAGUCAUGUUACAGAGGAAGGUGAGUGUACUGUUAGAAGUCUUAGACAAGGACUCUUACUUACAGGGCACUUCCCUAGACAGAGAGCAAGUACUGUUACCCACUGCAAAACACCAACCAGUAAUGUGAGGAUUAAAAGGAAUGGUUCCUUUCAAUUUAAUGACUUUUAAAGUAAAAUUGUGUCUGGAAAUUAUGUUAUUGUUUUGUGUGAGUCUAACACCCAAGGCUAAAUUAGACCAUAAAACGAUGCUUACCGACAUUGGGAGAAAGAGUGGUACAAUGUUCUAGCAGACCUUCAAUAUAUUCUAAACAAUAAAUGUAAGAUUUCAGUACUGGAGCACUGAGUUUUUACAAACUCUCAGAGACGUGAAGUCCACACCAGUGCUGGUGCACAUUAGUCUCAGUCUCCAGUUUCCAGUCUCAGAGAUGUGAAGUCCACACCAGUGCUGGUGCACAUUAGUCUCCAGUCUCGGAGAUGUGAAGUCCACACCAGUGCUGGAGCACAUUAGUCUUAAUCUCUAGUCUCUGAGAUGCAAAGUCCACGCCAGUGCUGGAGCAGGUUAGUCUCCAGUCUCCAGUCUCAGAGACGUGAAGUCCACGCCAGUGCUGGAGCACAUUAGUCUCCAGUUUCCAGUCUCAGAGACGUGAAGUCCACACCAGUGCUGGAGCACAUUAGUCUCCAGUCUCAGAAACGUGAAGUCCUCGUCAGUGCUGGAGCAUGUUAGUCUCCAGUCUCCAGUCUCAGAGACGUGAAGUCCACGCAAGUCUCGGAGAUGUGAAGUCCACACCAGCGAUGGAGCACAUUAGUCUUAAUCUCUAGUCUCAGAGAUGCAAAGUCCACGCCAGUGCUGGAGCAGGUUAGUCUCCAGUCUCCAGUCUCAGAGAUGCAAAGUCCACGCCAGUGCUGGAGCACGUUAGUCUCCAGUCUCAGAGACGUGAAGUCCACGCCAGUGCUGGAGCAGGUUAGUCUCCAGUCUCAGAGACGCGAAGUCCACGCCAGUGCUGGAGCACAUUACUCUUAAUCUCCAGUCUCAGAGACGCGAAGUCCAAGCCAGUGUUGGAGCGCGUUAGUCCUGUCCCACAAUGCCGUGCGACUUUAAGGCUGCUGUUUCGGACCGCACAGCGUUACCGUGUUGCUGAGAGCGGAUUCGGACUGGGGUGUUUAGAUUAGCAGAUCUCCACCGAUAUGCCUCCGAAGAAACCGGCACAACCUACAGGUAGUAAGAAAACACAAGAGAAGAAGAAAGAAAAGAUCAUUGAAGAUAAGACUUUUGGACUUAAGAACAAAAAGGGAGCCAAGCAACAGAAGUUCAUCAAAACGGUCACACAGCAAGUGAAAUAUGGGCAGCAGAAUGCGCGGCAGGUAAAGAUUGCUGCAGCGGAAGCUGAAAAAUGCAAGAAAGCUGACAAGAAGAAGGAGUUGUCGGAGCUGAAUGAACUGUUCAAGCCUGUGGUGGCAGCGCAGAAAGUCAGUAAAGGUGUCGACCCAAAGUCGGUGCUGUGUGCGUUCUUUAAGCAAGGCCAAUGCACCAAAGGUGACAAAUGCAAGUUCUCCCAUGACAUGACGCUGGACAGGAAGGGCGAGAAGCGCAGCAUGUACGUGGACGGCCGAGAUGAGGAUCUGGAGAAAGAUACCAUGGAAAACUGGGAUGAGAAGAAACUUGAGGAAGUCGUGAACAAAAAGCACGGAGAGGCGGAGAAGAAGAAGGCCAAAACUCAGAUCGUCUGCAAAUAUUUUCUGGAUGCCAUUGAAAAUAACAAAUACGGCUGGUUCUGGGUUUGUCCUGGUGGAGGCGACAGCUGCAUGUACCGCCACGCGUUGCCCGUCGGCUUUGUUCUGAAGAAAGAUAAAAAGAAGGAGGAGAAUGAAGAGGAGCAGAUCUCCCUGGAGGAGCUGAUCGAGAAUGAGCGAUCUGCCCUGGGAGCAAAUGUCACCCGUAUCACCCUGGAAACCUUCCUGGCCUGGAAGAAACGUAAGAGGCAGGAGAAGCUGGCGAAGGCUGAACAGGACAUGGAGAGGAAGAAAGCAGAAUUUAAAGCCGGCAGGUCUCUCGGCGUGAGCGGGCGGGAGGUGUUUGAGUUCCGGCCUGAGCUAGUCAAUGACGACGACGAGGAGGCAGACGAUACCAAAUAUGAUGGAGAGGACGAGGAGGACGAAGACAUGUCUCAGGAGGUUUCUGAGGAGGAUGAGGCCUGUCAGGACAUCGACAUUGGCAGGUUCAUCCCUAAAGAGGUGGAAAACACAGGGAUAACGGUGGCGUCAGCAGACCGCUUCACUUCCAGAGUCCCGCCUGCUAGCCAGAUGGACGACCAGAAGCUGAGCGAGGCAUCGGGAGGGACGGAGAACGGAGAACACGAGGACCACACGCUCGGAGACGGGGAAGACAGCAGCACGGGCGAGGAACCAGAGGACGUGCCUGUAGAUGAGAACCUCUUCACGGGGGAGGACCUGGAUGAACUGGAGGAGGAGCUUAACACACUGGAUCUGGAGGAGUAGAGUCCGGGAGCCCCGCCCACCCUCCAUGAACUUCAUGAAGCUUGAAGAGUGAUGGUGUUUGUCAUGAAUGUCCACCACCCAGACUGCCAUAAAGAGGCCGUGACCGCCGCGCUGACCCAGCCCCCUCUCGCAGCUCUGCGGAAGGGGCAGGAAGCAACAGCCCUGAUGUUCAGCUCUUCCACAGAUCUGACACCCCCCCCCCCUUUUUUUUGGGGGGGGGAAUUUUUUCUUUCCCCUCUUCCUUUCUGUCCCAUGACCAGCACAGGCAGACAGUAGAAUUGCAUUUGGAUUCUCCUGGUUUAUCUUGAGCCUUUAAAGAUUAAUGGUGCAAAUAUGUUCAAAAUAAAAUAUUUAUUAGGCCACCGAUUCUAUACUUUUAUGCUCGUUGAAUCUGGUUUUAAAGUGCAUUGGUAACAUUAAAAUCAAUCCUGCUGUUAAUUUACUUGAGAUUUUGGCUCUGCUGAAAUGUAAGACAUUGAACUCUCCUGUGUCCUCUCCUGUCCUUUACUGAAACAUGUCUGAUCAACACAGUACUGUUACUGAACUGAAUCAACGACUGCCUGGGUUUUCGUUCUGUAUAAGGUAUUGAAUGUGUUGACAUUUCUUGCUUGACUUCACAUGUCGUCAUCGCAGUGAAGUGUCCGCAUCAGGUGUGCACAGAGCAAACGUGGGCGAGACUGAUCGUCUGGAGUCUGAUGUGAAGUUUGAGGAGACGUUCGAUUUGCUGUUCCGUGUUUUGUCUUUUCUGGAGGAAAUGUUUAAGGGACAAGACGGGCUCGUGAGAGGGUGUCUGUCUCGGCCUUCUGUUUUAACUUCCUUCUCAACUCAUGCCAAGACAUCAUGUAAAUAAAAGCAUAUCAGAGACUGAGAGA